CGAAAACCCAACAUGUACGUCGAAGUAUCUCAGUAUAUAUAAGAAUGCAGAAACUGCAGACGUGCAUAGCGCACUAGCCUGUUUCCUUCGACAACGCUUCAAAAUGAGACUACUCGCUGUAUUAGUCUUGAUAUUUGUCGCCUACGCCAUCAUCGCGGAGGCGCAAACCACCAAGCCAACAACCAGGCCGACAAUCAAGCCGACAACUAAACCGACCACAAAGCUGACAAACACAGCUAGACCAACCACAAAACCCACCACUAGACCUACCACAAGACCCACAACUAGACCCACCACUAGACCCACAACAAGACCCACAACUAGACCCACCACUAGACCAACAACAAGACCCACAACAAGACCCACCACAAGACCCACCACUAGACCCACAACUAGACCAACCACUAGACCCACCACAAGACCCACAACUAGAACCACCACUAGACCAACAACAAGACCCACAACAAGACCCACCACAAGACCCACCACUAGACCUACCACAAGACCCACAACUAGACCCACAACAAGACCCACAACAAGACCCACAACAAGACCCACAACUAGACCAACCACUAGACCCACCACACGACCCACAACUAGACCCACAACUAGACCAACCACAAGACCCACAACUAGACCAACCACUAGACCCACAACUAGACCAACCACUAGACCCACCACAAGACCCACAACUAGACCCACCACUAGACCAACCACAAGACCCACAACUAGACCCACAACAAGACCCACCACACGACCUACCACAAGACCCACCACUAGACCAACCACUAGACCCACCACUAGACCUACCACUAGACCAACCACAAGACCCACAACUAGACCCACCACAAGACCCACAACAAGACCCACCACAAGACCCACCACUAGACCCACAACUAGACCAACCACUAGACCCACCACUAGACCCACCACUAGACCUACAACUAGACCUACCACUAGACCCACCACUAGACCCACAACUAGAUUCACCACUAGACCCACCACUAGACCCACAACAAGACCCACCACUAGACCCACCACAAGACCCACCACUAGACCCACCACUAGACCCACCACAAGACCCACAACUAGACCCACCACUAGACCCACCACAAGACCCACAACAAGACCCACCACAAGACCCACAACAAGACCCACUACAAGACCCACAACUAGACCUACCACUAGACCCACUACUGGAUUGACCACUACGACAACGACAACAGAACCAACCACAACGACUACUGAGCAAACAACAUCGACAACUGAACCCACCACAACAACAACUGUACCCACCACGACGACUACUCAGCCAACAACGACUACAACUGAGAGCACUACAACGACAACUGAACCCACUACAACAACAACUGAACCCACCACAACGACAACUGAACCCACCACCACGACAACUGAGCCCACAACGACCACCACUGAAUCAACCACAACGACAACUGUACCCACCACGACGACAACUGAACCAACCACAACGACUACUCAGCCAACAACAACUACAACUGAGAGCACUACAACGACAACUGAGCCCACAACGACCACCACUGAAUCAACCACAACGACAACUGUACCCACCACGACGUCAACUGGACCAACCAAAACGAGUACUCAGCCAACAACAACUACAACUGAGAGCACGACAACGACAACUGAACCCACCACUACGACAACUGAGCCCACAACAACGACUACUGAAACAACGACAACUGAACCCACCACGACAACUGAACCAACCACAAUGACUACUGAGCCAACAACAACGACAACUGAACCCACCACAACAACUGAGCCCACAACGACGACUUCUGAAACAACCACAACGACAACUGAACCCACGACGACGACAACUGAAACAACCACAACGACUACUGAGCCAACAACAACGGCGACUGAACCCACCACAACGACAACUGAGCCCACAACGACGACGACAACUGAACCCACCACAACGACAACUGAGCCUACAACGACGACUACUGAAACAACCACGACAACUGAACAUACUACCACGACUACAGAGCCAACAACAACUACAACUGAACCCACCACAACGACAACUGAACCCACGACGACGACGACAACUGAACCAACCACAACGACUACUGAGCCAACAACAACGACAACAGAGCCUACAACGACGACUACUGAAACAACCACAACGACAACUGAACCCAUCACGACGACGACAACUGAGCCAACCACAACGAUAACUGAACCCAUCACGACAACGACAACUGAACCAACUACCACGACUACUGAGCAAACAACGACGACUACUGAACCCACCACAACGACAACAGAGCCUACAACGACGACUACUGAAACAACCACGACGACGACAACUGAACCAACCACAACGACAACUGAACCAACUACCACGACUACUGAGCAAACCACGACGACUACUGAAACAACCACAACGACAACUGAACCCACCACGACGACGACAACUGAACCAACCACAACGACUACUGAGCCAACAACAACGACAACUGAACCCACCACAUCGACAACUGAGCCUACAACGACGACUACUGAAACAACCACAACGACAACUGAACCCACCACGACAACGACAACUGAACCAACCACAACGACUACUGAGCCAACAACAACAACUGAACCCACCACAACGACAACUGAGCCUACAACGACGACUACUGAAACAACCACAACGACAACUCAACCCACCACGACGACGACAACUGAACCAACCACAACGACUACUGAGCCAACAACAACGGCGACUGAACCCACCACAACGACAACUGAGCCCACAACGACGACGACAACUGAACCCACCACAACGACAACUGAGCCUACAACGACGACUACUGAAACAACCACGACAACGACAACUGAACCAACUACCACGACUACUGAGCCAACAACAACUACAACUGAACCCACCACAACGACAACUGAACCAACCACAACGACUACUGAGCCAACAACAACGACAACUGAACCCACCACAUCGACAACUGAGCCUACAACGACGACUACUGAAACAACCACAACGACAACUGAACCCACCACGACGACGACAACUGAACCAACCACAACGACAACUGAACCAACUACCACGACUACUGAGCAAACAACGACGACUACUGAAACAACCACAACGACAACUGAACCCACCACGACGACGACAACUGAACCAACCACAACGACUACUGAGCCAACAAUAACGACAACUGAACCCACCACAACGACAACUGAGCCUACAACGACGACUACUGAAACAACCGCGACAACUGAACCAACUACCACGACUACUGAGCCAACAACAACUACAACUGAACCCACCACAACGACAACUGAACCAACCACAACGACUACUGAGCCAACAACAACGACAACUGAACCCACCACAACGACAACAGAGCCUACAACGACGACUACUGAAACAACCACAACGACAACUGAACCCACCACGACGACGACAACUGAACCAACCACAACGACAACUGAACCCAUCACGACAACGACAACUGAACCAACUACCACGACUACUGAGCAAACAACGACGACUACUGAAACAACCACAACGACAACUGAACCCACGACGACGACGACAACUGAACCAACCACAACGACUACUGAGCCAACAACAACGACAACUGAACCCACCACAACGACAACUGAGCCUACAACGACGACUACUGAAACAACCACAACGACAACUGAACCCACCACGACGACGACAACUGAACCAACCACAACGACUACUGAGCCAACAACAACGACAACUGAACCCACCACAACGACAACUGAGCCUACAACGACGACUACUGAAACAACCACGACAACUGAACCAACUACCACGACUACUGAGCCAACAACAACUACAACUGAACCCACCACAACGACAACUGAAGCAACCACAACGACUACUGAGCCAACAACAACGACAACUGAACCCACCACAACGACAACAGAGCCUACAACGACGACUACUGAAACAACCACAACGACAACUGAACCCACCACGACGACGACAACUGAACCAACCACAACGACAACUGAACCAACUACCACGACUACUGAGCAAACAACGACGACUACUGAAACAACCACAACGACAACUGAACCCACCACGACGACGACAACUGAACCAACCACAACGACUACUGAGCCAACAACAACGACAACUGAACCCACCACAACGACAACUGAGCCUACAACGACGACUACUGAAACAACAACAACGACAACUGAACCCACCACGACGACGACAACUGAACCAACCACAACGACAACUGAACCCAUCACGACAACGACAACUGAACCAACUACCACGACUACUGAGCAAAGAACGACGACUACUGAAACAACCACAACGACAACUGAACCCACCACGACGACGACAACUGAACCAACCACAACGACUACUGAGCCAACAACAACGACAACUGAACCCACCACAACGACAACUGAGCCUACAACGACGACUACUGAAACAACCACGACAACUGAACCAACUACCACGACUACUGAGCCAACAACAACUACAACUGAACCCACCACAACGACAACUGAACCAACCACAACGACUACUGAGCCAACAACAACGACAACUGAACCCACCACAACGGCAACAGAGCCUACAACGACGACUACUGAAACAACCACAACGACAACUGAACCCACCACGACGACGACAACUGAACCAACCACAACGACAACUGAACCCAUCACGACAACGACAACUACCACGACUACUGAGCAAACAACGACGACUACUGAAACAACCACAACGACAACUGAACCCACCACGACGACGACAACUGAACCAACCACAACGACUACUGAGCCAACAACAACGACAACUGAGCCUACAACGACGACUACUGAAACAACCACAACGACAACUGAACCCACCACGACAACUGAACCAACCACAACGACUACUGAGCCAACAACAACGACAACUGAACCCACCACAACGACAACUGAGCCUACAACGACGACUACUGAAACAACCACAACGACAACUGAACCCACCACGACGACGACAACUGAACCAACCACAACGACAACUGAACCCAUCACGACAACGACAACUGAACCAACUACCACGACUACUGAGCAAACAACGACGACUACUGAAACAACCACAACGACAACUGAACCCACCACGACGACGACAACUGAACCAACCACAACGACUACUGAGCCAACAACAACGACAACUGAGCCUACAACGACGACUACUGAAACAACCACAACGACAACUGAACCCACCACGACAACUGAACCAACCACAACGACUACUGAGCCAACAACAACGACAACUGAACCCACCACAACGACAACUGAGCCUACAACGACGACUACUGAAACAACCACAACGACAACUGAACCCACCACGACGACGACAACUGAACCAACCACAACGACAACUGAACCCAUCACGACAACGACAACUGAACCAACUACCACGACUACUGAGCAAACAACGACGACUACUGAAACAACCACAACGACAACUGAACCCACCACUACGACGACAACUGAACCAACCACAACGACUACUGAGCCAACAACAACGACAACUGAACCCACCACAACGACAACUGAGCCUACAACGACGACUACUGAAACAACCACAACGACAACUGAACCCACCACGACAACGACAACUGAACCAACCACAACGACUACUGAGCCAACAACAACGACAACUGAACCCACCACAACGACAACUGAGCCUACAACGACGACUACUGAAACAACCACAACGACAACUGAACCCACCACGACAACGACAACUGAACCAACCACAACGACUACUGAGCCAACAACAACGACAACUGAACCCACCACAACGACAACUGAGCCUACAACGACGACUACUGAAACAACCACAACGACAACUGAACCCACCACGACGACGACAACUGAACCAACCACAACGACUACUGAGCCAACAACAACGACAACUGAACCCACCACAACGACAACUGAGCCUACAACGACGACUACUGAAACAACCACAACGACAACUGAACCAACCACAACGACUACUGAGCCAACAACAACGACAACUGAACCCACCACAACGACAACUGAGCCUACAACGACGACUACUGAAACAACCACAACGACAACUGAACCCACCACGACGACGACAACUGAACCAACCACAACGACUACUGAGCCAACAACAACGACAACUGAACCCACCACAACGACAACUGAACCUACAACGACGACUACUGAAACAACCACAUCGACAACUGAACCCACCCCGACAACGACAACUGAACCAACUACCACGACUACUGAGCCAACAACAACGGCAACUGAACCCACCACAACGACAACUGAGCCCACAACGACGAUAACUGAACCAACCACAACGACUACUGAGCCAACAACGACAACUGAACCCACCACGACAACUACUGAAACAACCACAACGACAAUCCAAUGAAUCUGAAUCCACCACCACAAUUGAACCAUUCAUAACAACUGAAACAACAUUUUCACCGACGAAAACAAAAACAACUAUAACGACAACUAAGCCCAUAACAACUAUGACCAUUACAACAACUGAACGCACCCCAACGAUUACACUUCCAUGACUAUGGGUGCGUCCAGUCGGUAUCCAAUCGAAUUAUUUUUCGAACAGCUGAUUAUCAAAGUUCUUGUACAGCCUGAAGUGGUUUCACUUGCGACUAAUAUUUCCGCAACAUCAUUGGUUGUCAGAGAUCACGUGAUCGAAAGUAAUUCAAUCGGAUACCGUCUGGACACACCCUAUGACAACGAAUCCCGCGUUGAAGACAAUUACACAAAUUACAACUGCACCAACGUCAACACUAAGUUUAAUUCAGAAUAAAACCAUUUCAAUUAGAUCUAAAUUCAAAUAAGUGAAAAAAAAUAUUAUAAUUUUUUUAUUUUAGCCGCUCGUCGCUUUCACCAUAUACGUCAAACUUUACGUAUGAAACUACGAACCACCUGGAAACUCCACUAAUAUCCCAGUUUAGGCUAGAGAAACCGAAGAAUCCGCAUGCUUGUCUCCAACCAACAAAUAUCGAUUGUUUGUGCGAUUGUACUACUUUCAUUUCGUCUUCGUUUGAUCCGAUUAAAAGAUUUAAUGUAAACCAGCCUAUAAAAUUCGGGUGUCAGAAACUACCAAUACACAAUCACUGCAGCAGCAUAA